CAGCUGCCUCAAGCUAAAUCUCCGGUGCCAAAAAAAAAAUAUUCCAUUGUGGAUUGGGGUUCGACGAACUUCGAAUUAUUAACGUUUGGUUGAAUCUGGGUUGACCCAAGCCGGCCGUUGCACUUCCAAAUAGAUUCGUCUCCCACCUUGUCUUGCCUUUUCAAAACAACAGCCACUAUUAUCUUUCCCAAACCCUCUAAAACCCUAACAAUGGCGGUGUCUGGAGCCGAGCAGACCCUCAAGGUCCACAGACUCCCACAAUCCAAGUACAUCGACGCUCUCCGCUGGCUUCCGCCGAUAUCCGCCUUUGAUCGCUUCGUCGUGCUAGCCGUGUUUGACUCCGAUUCCGACGCUUCCUCGGUCGAUAUUCAUGCUCUAAAUCGAUCAAACCCCCCAAAUUUGACCCUCCAAUCUUCAUGGUCCUCACCCUCAAGAAUUUCAUCGCUCAGAGUCUCUCACGGCCUCCACAAACCCCUUCUUGCCGCGUCAACCUUUGCGGGUUCGCUUCACGUGCUGUUCACCGAUUCGGUGGAUGCGUCGCUUGAAUUGGAGAUAUCAGCGCCCGAGAAAUCGUUGCACGUUGGACCCAUUUCGUGUAUCGAUUUGCAGCAGAGUGGUUCUGAGUGUGUUACUGUUGGGGAAGAUGGGAGGGUGAAUUUGGUUAGUAUUGGUGGUUCGGGUUUGAAUUAUCGUCGGGUUUCUGAUAGUAAAGGGUUGGUGUCGUAUACAGCAGCGAAGUGGGCGUCUCCGACAGAGUUUGUGACGGGUGGAUUGGGGUUUAGUCUCCAGUGGUGGGAUCAGAGGAAGCCUGGAGGACCAGUUUCUCAGUUCAAGGGUGACUGGUCUCAAGGAACUACUGGGAUUGUGCACAGCAUUGAUAUUCAUCCAUCAAGAAAGCACACUUGUUUGGCAGGAGGUUCUUCUGGUACUGUAUUUGCAUGGGAUAUUCGGUGGCAACAGCAGCCGAUAAUUCUUUCUGGGGUUGCAGCUGGUGGCGCAAUGGCCAAUUCACUCGCUGAAAGUGAAGUGUGGGAAGUACAGUAUACACACUCUGCAAAUGUUGGAAACAUCUCAUCCUCCCGGAUCUUACCUGUUAUGAUCUGCUCAGAAGAUGGGAUCCUCGCUGUUGUUGAACAAGGUGAGGAACCCAUUGAGCUCUUGGCUGAACCCUGUGCCAUCAACAGCUUUGACAUUGACCAACAAAACCCCUCGGAUGUGAUAUGCAGUUUGGAAUGGGAGUCUAUAGCUAUCCUGACGAGGCCAUAACUUCUGGAAUGGAUGUGAAGAACUCGGGCAUCAAUAGGAAUGCUGGCUGUAUCUUUUUCGUUGUCCCAACUCAAGUAGAAUGAUAUGGAGUCAUUGAAGGUGUCAUGGCUUCUGGGAAUGGGCAGAUAAUUUGUAGUGAUAUUGUACAAGAAAAUGCUUGCGAUAAAGCUUGUAGACAAACUCUUGUUCGAAGCACAUAUGGUGUUUAUAAAAACUAUGUAGGUCAAACUGAAUU